UUUUUGUAGGAUUGUGACGUAGUAUGUUGACCUAGAUCGGCAGUAAAAAUAGUAAGAUAACAGAUGGCGACUGUCAAAUUAUUCUAAGCAACAAUAUCAAUCAAAAAGAGGAAAGUAUAGAUAAACUUGAAAUUGCCUCAGGUUGAAAUAAUUUGUUAAAUGAAGUUUAAAGAUGAAUACACUCACAGUAGAGGGUGGACUGAUUAACAAUGAGAGCCUUGGUCAUUUUUGUAAAAUAGGCAAAGAAAGAAUUAGCGAUGAGCUGGACAACCUGAAUAAAGUCAUGUUUAAAUGUGGAGGAUGCAGAGAAGAACUUAAGACAAUAUGUGAGUUACAUGAGCACCUUUUAACAGAGUUUUUAUUGGGGUCAUACCUGUAUAAUCACGAUACAAGAACAGCAUUUCCGGUACAUGCAUCUGUUUCAAAAGAGACUCAAACAGAGAGCCCAUGUCAUGUGACAGAAGAUAAAUGUGUUACAGUAGAUUGUCAACAUCAUAGAAAAUUAAUUUGUGUAAGUGAUAUUGAAAAUCAUUUUGGAAUAUUGAAGGAUGGUUCACAAGUCACUUCAGAUAAUUUUAGGCAAGAAGAUGGUAGUGAUGGAUUCAAAAAUGAAAGGAAAAGAAAAUGUGAAAAAAGAAAAAAAGGAACAGGUCGUGGGAAAAAAGCGAAAAAGAAAGCAAGACCCAGAAAUAGUAAUCAUUGUAAAAUUGAAAAUGUCAUAGAUUCAGUAGAAGAAGUAAAUGAUGAUCUCAAGCAAAUAGGUGAUUCUCCUGAGUCACAGGAUAUAGUAGAUAACCAGUUGAAUGCUGUGAAAGAAGAGGUAAUGGAUUAUAACUAUGACGAGUCCACUGAUGAAAACACUGACAACUUACAUGAUUUGGAAAUCCCGGUAAAUGGACAAUCAAAGAAAAAACCAUCAAUCAAGAAGGUAAAGAGACAAAUGAAAAUGAAGAUAAGCUCAGGUGCAAAAAGUAAAAAGUCGCACAAACUUAAAAAAAGGUCAAUUCAAUCAAAUCAUACAUUAAUGGAAACUACAGGUGUAGACGAAGAAAGUGUUUAUAUACAUUUAAAUCACACUGAAAAUGAUAAUUUUCUAAAUAAUAAUUCAAAUGACAGGAAUUUUCUGAAUAAUAAUUCAAAUGACGGGACCAAUUCUGAUUUUAAAGAAUGUGAUGUUAAAAAGAGAGGUCGUCCGAGAAACAAAACCGAGAAAUUUACCGGUACAUGUGAUCACUGUGAUACUGUGUUCCAUAGUGAAAAACGGUACAAUAUGCAUUUAUACAGUGUUCAUAAGGCUCUUUAUCCAUUCUCCUGUAAACAAUGCAACUUUAAGCCAUUUACAAACAAGGAGGACUUUAAUGAACAUAAGGAACACCAUCCAAAACAAGUUUAUAAUUGUGAACUGUGUGGUAAAGAACUUAAAUCAAGGGAAGGUUUGAAGCUGCAUGAAUAUAUACACUCAGGGGAGAAACCAUAUUGCUGUGACCAGUGUGACUACAGGGGACGUACAUCUACACAGCUCAGACAACACAUGUACACACAUAUGGACUCCAAAACUGAACAAUGUGAGCACUGUGGCAAGGCCUUCUUUACCAAGGGCAAACUCAAAGAACAUUUAAGGUAUUGUCGUAAAGAGUUUAAUCAUUACUGUCCGCAUUGCCAGAAAGGUUUUCCAACUAACUCAGGUCUACGUAAACAUAUUCUGAUGCACACAGGUGAACGAGCAUUUGUUUGUGAUGUUUGUGGAUUUGCAACAUUUAGGAUUUCUUUACUUAACAGUCAUAUGAGGACCCAUACAGGUGAAAAACCUCACAAGUGUAAGGAAUGUGGUGCGAAGCUGGCUACACGUGGUACAUUGUUGUUACAUCUACGAACACACACUCACGAGAAACCAUUUGUAUGUUCAUACUGUAGCAAGGCCUUUACUUCAAAAUGGAAUCUACAGACUCAUCUUAGACAACAUACAGGGGAAAAACCAUACAAAUGUGAAAUAUGUGGUCAGGGUUUCAAGCAGAAUGUAUUACGAAAAGCCCACAUGCGAAGUCAUCUUGAAUGUACCUCGAUUGAACCAAAUACAGAUGCAUUAACCAUUAAAGAUCUUUCUACAGAACUCCUUACCACCAUGGAGCCGGACAACAAAGAACAUAACCUCCAGAAUCAUAUGGAUACACUUGACACGAGGGAACCAGUCAGUAUCAUAGGUAGUGACAGAAGCUUGGAACCGGACAAAAUUCACAUGGAAAGUUUUGUUUACGAUAGAAAUAUAGAUGGGGAUAUGUUGAACCAAGGUGUACCAAGUGAGAACUUGCAUCCCUUAGACCUAAAGUUGCACUUUUCAAGUGGGGCUGAUUUGAAGACUAUGUAUAAUACCUCUGUGAUAAACUCCCACCAGUUACAAUCCACAUCAUUUGAUAUGAUCAAUUAUCAGGAUAUUAAACAUGUGUGAUGAAUGAUAAAACAUAUAUAUAUAUAUAUUUAUUUAUUUAUUUAUCUGUCCGAUAUUAAGUUGAAUAUAUUUGUCAUCAAAUUGAUAAAGUAGACAUUGCUAGAAAGUAGAAGCGAAACCACUUCAACCUAAAUUAAUAAUAUGCUGAAGUUUAAUGCAUGUUUAAUCUUGUACUUUUUGAAUUUUUUUAAUUAAAGCAAUUAAAUUUUGUUUAAUAAGAAUCCAAAAUUUAAGGUGCAUAUAUCUUGGGGUUUUUUUUAUCAGCAUUGAACUUCGAUUUUAUUUCUUAUAAACUGAAAUGUUGCUUGAGAAAUAAAAUUCUGGAUAAAUGUACUAACAUAUAAAUGCAUGAGGGUACUGGUCGGGGACCAUCAACUGGAUACUUUUGAAGAUAUUUCUAUACAGAGUUCAUAAGAUCUAAAAAUUUGACAUAGUACAUCUAAGUUCUUAAGUGCUGAUUAUGUUGACACUUAUAUCUGAGGCCCGUCAAGGGAAAUAUCAGAAUUACCUAAAUUGUCUACACUACAGUACCAUGUGUCCUGUGACAGAUAUGUAAUGACUGAUUUAAUUCAGAUAAAAUCUUGGGUGUUUUAUAAUUUUUUGUUUUCAACAUGAUAUACAAUAUUUCAACAGCAUUUAGGAUAUUCUAUUGUUUACUCUGCAAAUGAUCAUAGCUAGUACAACAGGUAGGGUAUAGCAUUCUGAUGUCCAUUGUCAACAUUCUUGAAAAAUACAUUAAACUAUUACUGUAUACAUAAGUUGAUAUAAAUAUAAUUACUUAAUUAUAGAAGAAAUAUGCAUUUAUUGUUGAUUAAAAAGUGCCUGAUAGAUUGAUAACCACUGAACAAAGAAAAUCUCAUCCGGGUUUGAUGGUCCCCAACCAUUAUAUAUAACUUUCUCUGCAUUUUCUUACCAAAACGUUUUUUCAAACAUAUAAACACCCAUCAAAGCGAUGAAUGUAAUGCUUUACCCUUGUUAUGAUUUUUUUUUCAUUGUAUCAUAAACAUUCCUGUACCAAUAUACUAUUUAUAUUAACACAAUUUGUAAUCAGAGUAAACGUAAAGUUUAGACAUGGCUUGCUUAGACAUGGCUUUGCUUAAAACUAGUCCUGUCUGUAUUUUAAAAUCAACUAUUUUUGUUAUGUAUUCAAGUUAAUGACAUUGAAAUCUGUUCAUCUGAAUAUUUGAGCCGUGUCAAGACAAAACCAACAUAAUGGGUUUGCGACCAGCAUGGAUCCAGACCAGCCUGCGCAUCCGCGCAGUCUGAUCAGGAUCCAUGCUGUUUGCUUACAAAUCCUAUAAAAAGUAGAGAAACUGAUAGCGAACAGCAUGGAUCCUGAUCAGACUGCAUGGAUGCGCAGGCUGGUCUGGAUGCAUGCUGGUCGCAAAUGCAUUACGUUGGUUUUGUCGUGACGUGGCUCAUUUUACUUUUUCAUUGGGAUGGGCUGUAUUUCUGAUAUGUUUUAUAAUUGGUAAAUUCUGUAGAUAACAAAUGCAUUCUUUAAUAUUUAACAUGCUUGUAAUAUUUUAAUGCAUAUUUAUAUAUACAAUCUAUAGUCAGAGCACACCUGUAGUCAAAUUAGUAUAUUGUAUCUUUAAGAAUGCUAGGCAACAUAAUUUAUAAUAGAACAAAUGACUUAUUCUAUUUCACUAUUUCUACCAUACAUAUCAUAAGAAACAACAUGUGACAUAGACUUUCUGUCAUGGUGGUUCUUAAAUGCUAAAAAUGUAAUGAAGUUGUAGGUUAUAUACUCAACGGCCCAAAUAUUAUCUGAAUUUAUGUAAGUAAAAUUACCAGAGUAAUAAUUAAAGUUUAUAAUUAACUUGUAGAAAAACUAGCAAAAAAAUAAAACUUUUAAUAACAAUCUAAUCAUCUUAGAAGAACUUGUUUUGUGCUUUUAUCAACUGGUUAUUACUAAACGGAUUGUGAUAUUUUGAAAAGUUGAGAAGUAAAGUUUAUGAAAAUUG